CUACUCUGCUUCACGCCUCGCCGGCCGAUCUAGCUAGCUAUCGCAGACCCCGCCGGCCCGGCCCUCAUCGAUCUCUCGUCGCGGCAAUGGCCAUCACACCGCGCGCUCCCCGAUGAUUGAUCCACUCCGGUCGCCAUUCCCGCCGCCAUCAUCAGCUCCUACUAUAUAUUAGCCCGACGACCCCGUUCAUCUUCCUCUUGUAGUUUUGUCCAGCGCGCUCCGCUGACGCAAUGACCAACAACAACAACGGCGGCAAUGACACGAACGCCGCGGCGAGCGGCUGGCUAGGCUUCUCGCUGUCUCCUCACAUGGACGAGCACCAGCUCCAGCUCCAGCAGCAGCAGCAGCAUGGCCUCUUCUUCCCUUCCGUCACUGCGGGCGCCGCCGCCUCGUACGGCCUCGGCGGCGGCUUGGCCACCAGCGCGUCGCCGUACUACACGCCGCAGCUGGCGUCCAUGCCGCUCAAGUCCGACGGCUCCCUCUGCAUCAUGGAGGCGCUCCGGAGGAGCGAUCAGCAAGACCACCACGGGCCCAAGCUCGAGGACUUCCUUGGCGCGGCGGCGGCGCAGUCGCAGGCCAUGGCGCUGAGCCUGGACAACCCGGCGGCCGCCUCCAGCUUCUACUACUACUACUACGGAGGCGGAGGCGGCGGCGGGCCGGGGCACCACCACGGGUCGUUCCUGCAGCCGCCGUGCGUGGACCUGUACGGCGGGGCCUCGGCCGGGUCCCAGCUGGUGGCGGACGACGAGGCCGCCGCGACGGCGACGGCGAUGGCGAGCUGGGUGGCGGCGCGCGCCGAGAACGGCGCACUGCUGGCCGCCGCCGGGCAGCCGCACCAGCACGCGCUGGCCCUGUCCAUCAGCUCCGGGUCGUCGCCGUCGAGCUGCGUGACGGCGCACCCCAGCUCCGAGUACGGCGCGGCGGCGGCGGCGUCGAUGGACGGCGGGCGCAAGCGCGGCGGCGCGGCGGGGCAGAAGCAGCCCGUGCACCACCGCAAGUCCAUCGACACGUUCGGGCAGAGGACGUCGCAGUACCGCGGCGUGACGAGGCAUAGGUGGACGGGGAGGUAUGAGGCGCACCUGUGGGACAACAGCUGCAAGAAGGAAGGCCAGAGCAGGAAGGGCCGGCAAGUUUAUCUCGGCGGGUACGACAUGGAGGAGAAGGCGGCGAGGGCCUACGACCUGGCGGCGCUCAAGUACUGGGGCCCUUCCACGCACAUCAACUUCCCGCUGGAGGACUACCAGGAGGAGCUGGAGGAGAUGAAGAACAUGACACGGCAGGAGUACGUGGCGCACCUCAGGAGGAAGAGCAGCGGCUUCUCACGGGGCGCGUCCAUGUACCGGGGAGUAACAAGGCACCACCAGCACGGGCGGUGGCAGGCGCGCAUCGGCCGCGUCUCGGGCAACAAGGACCUCUACCUCGGCACCUUCGGCACGCAGGAGGAGGCGGCGGAGGCGUACGACGUCGCGGCCAUCAAGUUCCGCGGCCUCAACGCCGUCACCAACUUCGACCUCACGCGCUACGACGCCGACAGGAUCAUGGCCAGCAGCACGCUGCUGCCGCCCGACCUCGCGCGCCGCAGGAAGGACGACGACCCCGACUGCGGCGUCACGGCCGCGGCUGCUGCCCUGGUGCAGCAGGCUGCUGCUGCUGCUGCCGCCGCGGCGCCGCCGCCACCGCCGAGGGACGGAAGCCAGCACCAGCACCACCACGACGUGCUCUCCGGCGAGGCCUGCUUCUCCGUGCUGCACGACCUGGUGGCCACCGCCGCGGACGGCGGCCACCACCACAGCAACGCGGCGCAACACGUUCCCGUGUCCAGCGCGGCGUCGUCGCUGCUCACCAGCAUCGGCAACGGCAACUACCGCGAGGGCAGCCCCGACCGCGGCCUGUCCAUGCUCUUCUCCAAGCCGCCGCCUGCGCACGCCGCCAGCGCCAAGCCGGUCAGCCCGCUCGGCUCCUGGGCGUCCACGGCCGCGUCGGCCAGGGCCGCCGUCUCCAUCGCGCACAUGCCCGUGUUCGCCGCCUGGACCGACGCCUGACAGGCCGUAUCAGUCGAUCGAUCCACACGAUCGAGUCACAUGUCCAUCUCUCUCGGCCCGUUGUUGGACUUCUUCAGAUCUCAGUUAGUUAAUUUAAGGGAUUAGGGUUCUUGGAAGGCAGCAAGUUAAUUAGGUAAUAGCUAUGAGAGAUAUUGGUUAGUGAUGCUAGUAGGCGAUAUGAUGGAAGGGCGGGAGUGCGCAGCGCGGCCUCUGCUGUGUUUCCUCCUUCUCCGGCGUCGAGGACUGCCGACUGCGACGUGGCCGGAGAAGGAGGGGUUUUGUAAAAUGAGGGCCGGAGAUUGACGCGCGUCUCCUCCAAAAUAUAUCCACAACUAAUCCACUACUGAUGCU